UUAAGAGUCGUUUUCUUUUCGAAGAUAUAACGUUAUUACUAUAAAUAUCCCCGUUUAGAUGAUUCUCUGGGCAGGAGCAAGAAAAUCUUCAAUUCUUUAAAUGGGUUGCCAUGAUAUCAUGAUUGCUUUUGCAUUUUUUAUAACAUAUUUUCUUUGCAGAAUGCUUCACAGAUGCGAAGGCAAUAUGCUGUCUGGAGAUUACAUCACUGGAAAUAAAACCCUGAUUUCUGCAACUGGUACAUUUGCAUUAGGGUUCUUCAGCCCGGAGAAUUCCAGUAAGAGCUACGUGGGUAUCUGGUAUCAUGAUUUAGGCCCCACAAAAACAGUUGUUUGGGUUGCCAACAGAGACUCCCCACAGGAUUCUCCAGGCAAAUUCACGCUCAGAGAUAGCAACUUAUUGGUUUUAGAUAGUACAGGGAAGAUUGUCUGGUCAACAAAUAUUACAUCGCAGCAUUCCGUAAACACAACAGUUGGAUUGUUGAGAGACGACGGAAAUCUUCUUCUCCUACAUGACGAAGAAACCGUGUGGGAAAGCUUUAACACUUCUUCUGAUACAGCAUUACCAGGAAAGAUACUCAGUGUUAACAAGAAAACCAACAAAGAACUUUUUCUGUCAUCUUGGUCAAACAAACAAGAUCCAAGACCAGGAAUAUUUUCUUUGGGAAUAGACCCACAAGGGUUUACUCAGUUCCUCACCUGGAAGAACUCUAAACCAUAUUGGAGAAGCGAUGUGCUCAGUGUAAGCGAAACAGAUUCCAUAUAUGGUAUGGGGAAGAAUAUGGACUCUUUCCUCCUAAUUUUAAACUUUCUUGGUGAUGAACAUUAUCUGACAUUUGAACUUGUCUCACCAAAACGUUUAGAUAAGGCAAGGAUUUUGUUAACAUCAGAUGGACAAAUCAAGCUUCUCUUUUGGGUCGAUAAUGUAUGGGCAUCUAUUUGGAGUACACCAUCUCGUAUGUGUGACUUCUACGGAUAUUGUGGACCAUCUGGUGUGUGUGACUUGAUGAGUGAAUCCUCUUCAUGGCAGGUCUGUAAGUGUCUGCCUGGUUAUAAGCCUAGAAAUAAACAAGAAUGGGAUAAAGGAGAGUGGUCUGGUGGGUGCAUGGUGGAAAGAGAUUUAGACUGCAACAACAGAGAUGGGUUUUUGAAGGUGAAGAAGAUGAAACUUCCCGAUCUACCAAUAAUGUUAGGGAUGAUGAAUGUGAGUACAUGCCAGUCCUGGUGUUUGCAGAACUGCUCUUGUUCGGCAUAUGGUUACUUGGAUAUGCCGAACAAUAAAGUUAGGGAUGAUGAUGUGGAAGGAAGAGAUGAUAUAAUUACAUGUUUGAAUUGGCAUGGAAAUUUGCUAGAUCUUGUAGAACUGUUCUCUGGAGAUGAAAAGGGUAGAGAUCUCUAUGUUCGAAUUCCAGGCUCCAAAUCUGAUGCAGUUGCAGAUGGGUCAUAUGACAAGGAUAAUCAGGGGCUCAUUAAAAAUAAGAGGGUGGUAGUUGCCACAUCUACUGCAUUAAUUGCAUUCCUUCUCAUUGCUAUAAUUGCUUUCUAUUGUCUAUGGUGUCGGAAGACCUCAAGGGAUCGCGGAGCAGAGAGAAAUAUGAUUGGGAGAAUUUUUACAAGCGAAGGUAGGCAGGAGGAUGGGAAGCUGGUGGAAUUCAAUUUCAAGAGCAUUUUAUUAGCUACCAAUAAUUUUUCCGACUCAAUAAAUUAGAGAAGUGGAUUUGGUUCGGUUUAUAAGU